UGCUCGAUUCGGCAUCUUUUACGACAAAUUAGCCGAGAAGCGCUUUCGUCGCAUCGUCGACUGUCGACUCCAGUCAACGCCGGAUGGUCCGGUCCAAUCAGUAGCUAUCAGAGUGCAAGUGCGCUAGGUGCGGUGGUAGUAGGCGCUGAGCGUCAUCACAGCAAUCGCGAAUCAAAGUCGCCCGCGCACUUUGACCCCGAAUCGGUCGAGUACGACGCGUUGAGACGAGCGAAGAUCGCUAUCGGGCAUCGGCAGCGACUACUGCGAUGCGAUAAACACGCGGUGGCGCAGCUUCGCGCAUGUGAUAUCGCUGAGUGCUGACCUUUGCCGAUCAUCGGCACACCAAUACACUCUCGCAUUCCCAUCAGUGUUGUUGCUUGCACGUGAGUGUGGAAUUUGAGUAACCUCGAGAAAACUGCGUGUGCGUGCGUGCGUGUUAGAAAGAUCACCGCAAGGCGAAGUGUAGUGUUCAGUAAAGGCAGAAAAUUGUCUUGUAAAUCUGUGUAAAUUGCGAAGUGCGUGCCAAGCGUCUGUUACAAAAAAAAAGUCUUCACGGUUUCAAAUCACGCACAUCGAUCGAGUUCAGCAAGAGAGUGAGAGUUGUAACAGCGGGGAUCCGGAUAAAACUCAUCGCAGCAGCCAUGGGAAGCGUUUCCAAGGAGCCGGCCACCUACGAUGGAAUACUCAUCGACGAGAGCCAGCAGUUCAUACUAGACGAUCUGCAACUGGCAGCGGAGCUUGGAAAGACGCUGCUCGAACGGAACAAGGAACUGGAAACUUCGCUCAAACACCAUCAGAAUAUCAUCGAGGAUCAGGCACAAGAGAUCGAGUACUUAACGAAACAGAAUGGCGCCCUGCGGGAGGUCAACGACUCGCGGAUGAAGAUCUACGAACAGCUGGAAGUCAGCAUACAGGACCUCGAACGGGACAAGUACAAGUUAGCGUUAGAAAACCAAGCCGAAAAGAAGCAUGUCAAAACCCUGUGUCGCAACAUUGAAACCCUGGAAUCCAAGGUCGAAGAGCUGGGCAAAACACUGGACGACGUCCGGAGGCAGCUGGAGGCGGAGCGGAAGAAGAAUGAACGGUUGCAGAAUGACAGCAGCGAUGGCCGACGAAAUGGCAAGGAUGGCGUCCUGCUACGACCGGUUGGAUCCGACCUGGGCGACGGCGACGUCAGCGGACCCGAGGAAGAUGAGAUCACCGAAAUCGACACUUCCCGGCCGGAGAACUUCUCGUUCGCCUUCCGGGACCAGUCGCACUCGACGGACGUCACCGACGGCAGCCAUCUGGGAAUCAGCCAACACCAGCAGAACCUCUCCGAUCUGAACCUGGCCGAGGAGAACGAAGAACUGAUCCGGAUAAUGCAGGAGCUGGAGAAGACCCGCAAGUGUUUCAUCGCCGAGCAGAACCGGGUGGCCGAACUCGAGGAACAGCUGGCGGCCAUCGCCCAGGAGAACCAGAUCCUCCAGAGCAAGAUAGUGCAAAUCAACACCACCGAGGAGAUGAAGUCCGUGCACGAGGAGCUGUCCAUCCUGGAGGAAGUCAGGUUAGUGGGGCAAGGCCAAAUGUGCACCCGCUGCUUGCGCGGCUUCGAAGACCGAACGGGUCCAGGCGAUGAUGACGAAUCGAUCCUCACUGGAACCGAGGGUGACGACCGCAGCCUGAUGGAUCUGAUCCAGAAUGCGGACGCUCCCCAGGUGUACCGGUCCUCGGUCACGAUCAAGACUACUUCUCCUAAGCCAGAUACCUUGGAUCUGUCGGGAGCUAGCUCGAACAAUCCAUACCGGGAGCUGGUGGCGAAAUAUGAAGCGCUACUGGAGGUGCAGAGGAAUUCGGUGACUCGGAAGCAGAGUAGUGGACCAGCUACGAAUGCUUCGUCCGGGCAGCCGCAACUGCAGCAGCAGCCCAUGGACGGAGCGGUUUCUCAGCAUCCUCAUGAAGAGCUCGGAUCGGGCGAUUUCAGUUCGUUGAACACCAAGUUCACGGACGAAGAUGGCAGCAAGAAGGACGAUCAGAGCAGCAAUGGAACGAGGCGGAAGAUUGGCCUCCGAACUCCGACGGACUUUUCCGAAGCGGAGACCACCAGUUCCGGGUUCUCGGACGAGAUCAGUAACAAGGCAACGCAGACCGAUGAAGGUCCUAGGAACUUCCUGUGCACGAUUGCCGACGAGAACUGCAAAUUCAGCAUUUAUGAGGACCAGACGGUGAUCGACUCUAGGUUCCGGUUCAGCCCUUCGCAUCGAGAGCUGUUCCGGGAGAUCUUCACCAUCCUGAAGAAGGCGGCCAAUAACCGUGACGAAGGAGAACAGUUACCGUUGUUGGAUGACCAGAAUCCGCCAACAGCGAAGGCUGCGACGGCUCCUAAGGUACCGCCGGUGACACCGGCCAAUGAUGAACCCCCGAGCGAGUUUGGCGACGAUACCCAGAGCGUGAUUUCGUCGGCUGUUUCCGAACAGUCAUUUGCCAUGUCCGAGUGCAUCACCAAGUCGGAGCGGAAGAAGAUCGAGAAGCAGACCAAGUACGCGGAGAAGCACGGCGAGCAGGAGAACAAGCCUCCGGUAGGAGUGGCUGCGUUACCUGACGGCCGAAUCUUGACGCCGUACAAGCGCCAGCCCUUGGAAUAUCUCAGCGUUGCCGUGGGCGUCAACAAGAAGAAGUCCCGUCGCCGUCGCAACCGUGGAGAUAACCUGGAUCGCUCCGACUCUCCAAUUGCCCUGCCAACUCCUCCACGGGUCUACACCAGCACCGGCAAGAAAGGACGCAGUUCGUACCGCCCUUGGAACCCGAACGAACCAGUGGCAAGCCCUGCCACCGCUGCCAACUCCUCCGCUUCCACAGCUACGGUAGCUUCCGAGUGGAACGGCAACUCCAUGACCAUCUACAACCGCAGCGUCAACUCUCCAACCCCGAACUCUUCCUCGCAACGCAGCGGCCAAAACUUCCGCAGCUCAACCGCCAGCUGCAGCAGCAGUGCCAAUCGGAACACCUCCGCCGGAAGUGCCAGCAGCAACCGGUUCGCUGACCUCACGGACGAAAACGGCGACGCCGUUGUCCAGUUCAAGCCCUCCUCCGCCAGCCAAGAUCUGCACAAACUGAAGAAACUGGACCUGUCGUACGCGGAAGUUCUGCGUCGAGCCGACCACUGCAAGCAUCACAGCCAGCGGCGCCAGCAGCACCAUCACCAACACAAGUAGGCGGCGACGCCUCUGCACGCAGGUAAAUUACUUUGAAUGUGUUUGUGUCAUCGUCGCCACGAAGCGGGGCAAACGGCAAAAACGGUCUUGUGUAACUUUUUUUUUUAUGAGAAUAAUCGUGACGAGCAUGUGCAAGAUUAGCGUUAAGAAGCAAACUAACGACAACAAGUUUCCAACAGUUUUCAUGUUCUUAAAUUUUUGAUAUUCGGACUGGCAAGUCCUGAGAGUAAAUUUGACAGAAUAAAGCAAAACAACAAGCAGAACCAGUAUUAAGAAAUUGCUGACCCCAAAAAAACGAGGUUCGAACUACUUGACCUUCUUUACUUUCGAUUGAUUCGGCCUGUUGGAUGGUUAUAAGUUCCAACAUAACCUAGUUCUUGCAAAGCCAUACAGGUCGACUCGUUUUUUCUGGGUCUACUCCGUAAGGUAUAAAAUCGUUUUCCAUUGUAGUCGUUUGACACUAAAAUGACAUGAAAAUGAUAGAUGCUACUUCAGUUAUUGUUAUGUCUAACGACUAUUAUGUCAAAAGACCAUUAUGUCAAACAACCGUAUGCCACAUGGCAUUAUGCCAAGCGGAGUAGACCCGUUCAUCUAUCUUCUUACAAACAAAACGACGUAAAUAUUGAGAUCCUGAUUUAAUUAGUAAUAUAUAAACAUCACACACACACAAACUAUUUAUCUUACAAAAAAAAUGCAGUGCACGAAAGUUAUAAGGUAAAAAGAAAUCAGAAAUCGUACGCCAUAUUGAUUAGUUUGUUUGCGGGCGCCGGGGAGAGCCGCUCCCUCGAUUUGUGACAGCAGGAGGAAUUUCCUAGAAGGGACCUAAAAGCCGCGUUGGAGUAAAACCAUUUAUUUAGCAAUUGUUAACUACCCUUAGCUUUAAAUUGGCAACAAAACCACGUGUUCGCUGAACCAUUAUUUUAUUUAGAUAAAAAAAACAAAGUAGGCUUCGUUUUGGUUAUUGUCGUUUAUUAGUAAUAUUAUUGCCACAUCGAAGUAGGCCGAUGCAAGCAGUGUCAUCACCUAAUCGCAGCCAUCUGUCAUAUGUGGGCGAUGCCAGUGAUCGCAGUAGCCUGCGGAGAUCGUUAUUGCGCUUUGGUCUUAUUAAAGUUCUUAGAUUUUUUAAAAGUCUGAUGAUAGAGCAUGAGUGCGAUGCGAGAGAAUGAGAAGACUGCGCGAACGGGAAGAGUGCCGAGCAUUCGAACGUGUAAACACGAUACCCAAUUUAGAAGAAGAUAAGAAAGCCAAUCAUUCAACCAACCAACUAAUUAUACUCACUCUUAAUGCGUAAACGAAACAAAAAAAAAGACAAAUGGCAAAUACUUCAGUGGUUGUACUCCCGACUCCCGCAACUUAAUAACAACCGAAAAUCUUAAGCAAACAACACUUACUAAUUCACUUACAUUACAAUUACAAACAAGUUCAAAACUUUCCUGAUGUAUGUAAACAAACAAACAAAACAAUGCAGCACAGGGUUGCUUCCUAAAACACAGUGGGACAUGCUGAAACGUGAAAAAUAAACCAAGUCAAAGCUCAAUGUAACUUAUACAAACACAAACAAAGAAAAAAAAAACAGUCUCCAACCAGACGUGUGACAGCCAUUCUGAACUCGGAAAAGGGACUCGGAAGCUUACGGCCCCAACAAAGUCGCAGCCGCGGUCCAGCCUCGUUUCAUCGGCAAACGAACUCUAGAGAGUUCGACUUUGCUGCAGGUCCAGAUUUGACCAGAGACGAUCGGCCUUCCACCAAUCAAGGCAAUGAUGUGGAAAGCAACUAACACUCAACUAACUUUAGAAGAAGAAAAAAAAACGAACGAAACGAAACGAAUGGGCGCCUGAGCCAACCAACUGUAAUAAUGUGUAGAAAUUCUGAAUAAAAACAAACAGACAGAGAAAGAUGUAAA